UGUUCCCGUUAGAGAUCUAGUCAGCGCCUGUAUCCGAUUCCCCUAACAUCUAAGAGGUUCUAGUGAUGUCCUUAAACGCUGAGCUUUUCUAAUCUGUGCUUGAAAGAUCUAGGGAAGUGGAUUAUUCAAAGAAGGAAGUCGUUGAAAUAAAUUUUGGCUUUUAAACUUUAGGAUUAGCCAAAGACCUUCACCAUGCAUGCCUAACUCUUACGAGAUGAUCCAUAUUAGGCACAUAAUCUACACUGCCAAUUUGAAAUGCCUCUUGCCGGAAAAGAGAAAGCAGGAAAGGUCUUGGAGAGUCCGUUGAACAGUCCAUAUUCCAGUCGAAUAAUCCAAUCGCACUGAGGUUUUACAGCGCGCCACGAAGGAGACGGGAAGUUGGAACAUUGUUUACACUAAUGAAGCUGUCCAUAAGUAAGGAAUUAUGAAAUUUAUACCCUGACAGCUAUUCAAUUGUGUAAACACUACUUAUGAAAGCUAAAUACAGUUUUCAGAUUAACAGUCAGAUUGGAAAAACGGACAACUGUGGUGCGCGCGUGGGGAGGAAAGAUUAUAAACUUCUCGGAGUGAGGUAGCACUAAUCCACUCUGGACACUGAGCAUGACACAACAGAUUGCUGAAGGCAUUCGAAACAUGGUACUCAUCUCCAAGCUAGCAGAAAUGACAUCCGACUGCCAAAGUGAAAUUGCAAAGCCCUUGUCUGAUUUCUCCAUAGAUAAAAUACUAAAUGGGCAUUUUAAGACUGAAGAGGAAAGAUUAAUGAAGAAACAUGAAAUGAACAGCCGAGGAAUUGGGGUCUCCUUACCUGAGUUUAAUUGGUUGAAGUUCACCAGGUACAAUCCGCCAAAACUGCCAAAAUCCAGCAAACGGCGGCCAAAGCAGAAACGAAAACCAGGGCGCAAUCCCAGAGUGCCUUUCACGCCGAAGCAGUUGACCACACUAGAGAACAAAUUUCAAGCGAUGAAAUACUUAACAAAUGACGACGUUAGGGCCUUGUGUAAUGAGCUGGGCUUGCCGGAAAAUAAGAUCAAGAUAUGGUUCCAGAAUCGCAGGGCGCGCGAAAAAAGAAAAACGACACAAACUGAGGAGUACAUCGAUGUCAUGACCGUUGAUGGUCUCUGAAUCGUUCAAGACUGGCAUUUAGACUAAAUUAUUCAGAGUAAACAUGCUGGUCCCCUUAUCGACACUUUCAUGUCUUCAAGAGCCUGUUGCUGUAAGGAGCUUUUUAUUUAUGAAGAAAGAGUUAAAAUGCUUUUGGAUAUUUUUCCUCCAUAUUGCUAGCUAGCCUAGUUAGCGAGAGUCAAAAGACCAAAUGACUGACGGAAGAGUGAAUAGAGAAAGAUUUUGUCGGGAGUUAUUAUUCUGUGUAUAUAUUGAUUUAGCAAAAUUUAUAACAUUCUCAACAUUUAUUUUUGGCCAAAUAUUUCAUGCAUGCUUCCCGUGACAGUAUGCAAGUGUCGUAACAGAGACAAAAAUGCACCAGCAUAGACCUAUUCGGAAGAGAGCAAGAGACCUUUUGCAAGUUACAUGAAACCGAGGCUUUUAAAUUCUGAUUGAAAGAAACUUUGUUUUUGUAGCUUGUGACAGUUCCAGCGAAAAAGUGUAAAUAUGUUUUUUUAAUUCGAAAAAAGAAAAUCUGACUAGCCUCGCCUUCGUGUA